AAAAGUCUUAACGUUAAAUAUUGAGAGUUUUAUUGAGGAAACUUCUUGAUUAUUGAGCUUAUAAAAACAGAAGAGGAAAAACUAGUGUCAAGAAAAAUCACAAUAAAACAUGCUCUACGAUCGUAUUCAUACCUCCCCAUAAAGACAGUAAAUAAUGUAGUAUCACGAUUUCGUUAACAGUUUUCUCUAUAUACAUAAACCAACUCUAUUUUGAAAAUUCCAAUUUUUUAAACUGGCUGUUAUUUGUACCUAGUUAGAAGCAAGACUGAAAAAGAAGAAGUUAUGUCAUAAACAUAACCUCUUGUAGCCAUGCGACUUUUAAAUUGAUACGUGUUGUAUGUUUUACACAUUAUUUGAAUUCAAGAAUAAUGACUCGAUUUGCUAGAGCCAAGGGCUCUAAAGCUUCUAAUGAAAGAGUACCUGAAGAAGCUACUCCGUGGAAUGAAAUGAAACAACAAUUAUUAGAAAAGAAUAAAUAUAUUGAAGAAAGUAAAAAUAGACAGAAAGCUAUCGAACAACGAAAUAUCAAUUAUAGAGCAUUUAUAGAAGAAAAGGAGCUUGAAGAAAGUAAAAAAUCACAGUGGGCUCAAUUUCCAACAGAUGAUUUAAAGAAUACAUCUCUAUCUGACAAAAGGAAAAAGAGAAAAUCUAUUUCAUUGGUGAAUGAAAAAAAUUAUGAGUUAUCUGACAAUGAUGAAACAUUUGUAGCUUUAAGAACAAAAGUAGAUAAAGUGUUAAACGAAACAGAACUUAGUGAAAGAUCUAAUAAGAAUUAUUGUGAUGCUACAUCAGAAGAGUUGAGUACAAAAAUUGAACUUGAUUCGUCUCCAAAAAAUAAAAAGCUAAAAAAGAAAAAAAUAUCAAUACCGAGCAUUAUUAAUACAUCAACAAAUGAUACAGAAACUAAAAGAAAAGCUAAAAAGAGAAAAAAUGAAGAGAAUAUAGAAUCUGAAAGGAAUGAAGAUAGUGAAAAUAUAGUAAGCACUAGUUCUAAACUCAAAACUGAUAAAAAAGUGAAGAAAACAAAAAUUCAACCUAAAAAAGUUAUAAAAGAAAAUCUCACUGAACAAGAUAUAAAAAAAUUGGAGAAAAAGAAGCAAAAGAAAAUAAAACAAAUCGAAAAGAGAAAAAUGGGAAAACAACUAAAGAAACAAGAAGCGGAAUCAGAAAAAUUGACAAAUGGAGUGAGUGAAGCUUCUAAUAAUUUAGCACCUGAUGCGGAAAAUUGUACUAAAACAAAUCAUAGACAUAAAUUUGAUAACCAAACUGGAGGAAAUGAUAAUAAGAAUAAAUUUGAGAAACCAAAUUCAUCCAACAGAUUUGUAAAAAAUAAAAAGUUCCCAAAAUCAAAAGAUGAAAAGGAACACAAAAGAAGAAAACCACCACUACCCACCAAAAUGUUUAUAAAUGGAAAAGAUGUAGAAAUAGAUUAUGUUGAUGGUUUUCCAGUGAAAAAGGAAGAUGCAAUCAGAUUAAAGAAACUUAGAAAAGAAAUGAUUAGCAAAGGUUUACCAAGAAGUGAGAUCAAUAUUGCUUUGAAACUGGAAAGGAGGAAAGCAGAGAAGGCGUUUUCACGAGAAAAGAAAAAGGUUUGUUUCAAUUGCCGUAAAUCUGGUCAUAAUCUCUCGGAAUGUCCAAAUUUGGAAAAGGAUCAAGUAUCCCAAUCAGGAACUGGUAUAUGUUUCAAAUGUGGAUCGACAGAACAUACACAUUUCGAAUGUAAAGUUGUGAGGACUCAAGAUUUCAAAUUCGCCCAAUGCUUCAUAUGUAAUGAACAAGGGCAUAUUGCCAGGCAGUGUCCUGAUAAUUCUAGAGGAUUGUAUCCCAAAGGUGGAUCAUGUAAAGUAUGCGGAGAUGUGACACAUCUCAAAAAAGACUGUCCCAAAUAUCAAGCUCAACAACAACAAUUGCAAAAUAGUUUAAAUAUAGAAACUAUAAGUGAUAAUCCUGAUGAUUUAGGUGGUAAUACAUACAAAACCAGCAAUUUCGGUAUAGGUAUUAACAGACCUAAUAAAAUUAUAAAAUUUUGAAUGUUUAAAUAUUUAUAUUGAACAAUAAAAAAGUUUUAAGACAA